GCCGCCCGGAUGUGCACUAAAAUGGAACAGCCCUUCUACCACGACGACUCAUACGCAGCGGCGGGAUACGGCCGGGCCCCGGGCGGCCUCUCUCUACACGACUACAAACUCCUGAAGCCCAGCCUGGCGAUCAACCUGACCGACCCUUACCGAGGUCUGAAAGCACCCGGGGCUCGGGGCCCGGGCCCGGAGGGCAGCGGUGGUGGCAGCUACUUUUCCAGCCAGGGCUCGGACACGGGCGCGUCGCUCAAGCUCGCCUCCUCCGAGCUGGAGCGCCUGAUCGUCCCCAACAGCAACGGCGUGAUCACGACGACGCCCACGCCCCCGGGACAGUACUUUUACCCUCUGUCUCCCAUCAACAUGGAAGACCAGGAGCGCAUCAAAGUGGAGCGCAAGCGGCUGCGGAACCGGCUGGCGGCCACCAAGUGCCGGAAGCGGAAGCUGGAGCGCAUCGCGCGCCUGGAGGACAAGGUGAAGACGCUCAAGGCCGAGAACCUGGGGCUCUCGAACACUGCCGGCGUCCUCCGGGAGCAGGUGGCCCAGCUCAAACAGAAGGUCAUGACCCAUGUCAGCAACGGCUGCCAGCUGCUGCUAGGGGUCAAGGGACACGCCUUCUGAGCACCCCUGCCCCGCACGGACAUCCCACCCCCCAGCCUGGACGGCUGGGCGCGCGCCUACCACCGGGUGAGGGUGCAGGCGGUGGGCACCCGCCCCGGGGCAUGGGGACGCCGAAAACCACACUGGACUCCUGCCCGCCCGCUCUGCGCCCAGCCCUUCCACCUCAACGUUUACAAGCCCCCCUUCCACUUUUUUUUUGUAUUUUUUUUUCUGCUGAAAACGAACUCGAUUCAUAUUGAAUAUAAUAUAUUUGUGUAUUUAACAGGGAGGGGAGGAGGGGGCGAUCGCGGCGGAGCUGGCCCCGCCGCCCGGUACUCAAGCCCGCGGGGACACUGGGGAGGGGACCCCUGCCCCCUGCCCUCCCCCUCUGCACCGUACUGUGGAGAAGAAACACGCACUUAGUCUCUAAAGAGUUUAUUUUAAGAUGUGUUUGUGUGUGUGUGUGUUUGUUGUUCUGACUUUUUAUUGAAUCUAUUUAAGUAAAAAAAAAAAAGGUU